GACCUGAGCGGUCGCCCUCCUCCGCGAUGGCCGCGCCGGUGACGCGGCAGGUCAGCGGCUGCGCAGGCCGGGUCCCGAGCCCGGCUGGCUCGGUCACAGAGCGCGGGCAGCCGCUAGCGGCCGCCGUAGCGGAGCUGCCCGUGCUGGACGCGUCUGGGAGACGGGUGACGUUCGGAGCGCUGUUCCGAGAGCGGCGAGCCGUGGUGGUGUUUGUGAGGCAUUUCUUGUGUUACGUCUGUAAAGAAUAUGUCGAAGAUCUGGCCAAAAUCCCCAAGAGCGUCCUCCGAGAAGCAGAUGUCACCCUCAUAGUGAUUGGACAAUCAUCAUACCAUCAUAUUGAGCCUUUCUGCAAACUGACUGGAUAUUCUCAUGAAAUCUAUGUUGAUCCUGAGAGAGAAAUUUACAAAAGAUUGGGAAUGAAAAGAGGUGAAGAAAUUUCCUCCUCUGGACAGAGCCCCCACAUAAAGUCCAACCUGCUCUCGGGAAGCCUUCAGAGCCUGUGGCGGGCAGUCACUGGCCCACUUUUUGAUUUCCAAGGAGACCCAGCUCAGCAAGGAGGAACCCUCAUUUUAGGUCCAGGUAACAACAUCCACUUUGUGCACCGAGACAGGAAUAGGUUGGAUCACAAACCCAUAAACUCUGUUUUACAGCUUGUGGGGGUUCAGCCUGUGAACUUCAUGAGCAGACCUACAGUCAUCCACGUGUGACUUUACGUGGCAUCUUCCACUUGUGAAUGGGCCCUUAAAACGUGAACCAAAAUGCCAGGCACCAUGGCUUCAUAGGGCUAUGAAACACAGAACUUAUGUGCCUAUAGAACUACAUGCUGAGGGACAUCAGUUGUCAGAAAUGGAACAGACAGUUUAAAUUUUAUAACUUCUAUAAUUUUAUACAAAAUAUAUAAAAGUCAAACAUUAUAAAACUAUCAUUGUUAAUAUCAUUUUAUGAGUAUCCACUCAAUAAAAGAUUUUUGGCAACUAAAAUAUAAGAAGGGGGCGCUAGAAAAAUCACUCAGUGGUUAAGAGCACUUGCUUCUCUUGCAGAAGACCCAGGACCCAGGUUUGGUUCCUAAUACCCACAUGGUAGCUUUCAAUCAUCUGUAACUCCAGUUCCAAUGGAUCCAACACCUUAUAGCCUCUGGUACACAUGCAUACAUAUAGGCAAACACUCAUACACAUAAAACGACAGAUCUUUUAAGAAAUACAUAUGUGUGUAUAGGGAAGAGAAUCGAAGAAGGGGCCAGAUAUGAUGGCACAGGCUUGUAAUCCUAGCCCUGAGAAAUGGAGACGAGUCAGGCCUGAGCUAUAUAGAGAGAACCUUUCUGAGAAAAAGUCAGGGCUGGUGAGAUGGCUCAGUGGAUAAGAGCACUGACUGCUCUUCCAAAGGUCCUGAGUUCAAAUCCCAGCAACCACAUGGUGGCUUGCAACCACCCAUAAGAUCUGAUGCCCUCUUCUGGUGCAUCUGAAGAUAGCUACAGUGUACUUACUUAUAAUAAUAAAUAAUUUUUUUUUAAAAAGAAAAAGUCAGUUAAUUGCAGGGAGGAAUACAUAAAGGGAAAGAAAAGCAGUUCAGGAAAGUUACUCUGUAAACAGUGUAGCCACAGAUGUGUAUGUACUUGGUUUUUUUUUUUUUUUUUUGGUAUGCUUGGAGAAAAAAUGGCAAAUAAACACAGAACAACUUUAUGUGUCUGUGGUGAAAGUUUCGGUUUUUUUUUGGUUUGGUUUUUUUUUUUUUUUGGUUUUUUGAGACAGGGUUUCUCUGUAUAGCCCUGGCUGUCCUGGAACUCACUUUGUAGACCAGGCUGGCCUCGAACUCAGAAAUCCACCUGCCUCUGCCUCCCAAGUGCUGGGAUUAAAGGCGUGCGCCACCACCGCCCGGCAGUUUUGGUAUUUCUGCUUGCUUUCCAAGCUCUUUAUUUCCCGUGCUCUCUCAUAAGCUUGGCUGAGUUGGGGGUGAGUCAGGAAAGAAUCUUUAAACAUUAAAGUGAAAAUGCCUGCCUACAUCAACUUCUUUGGAGGUGCAGGUAAUUUCUUGCACAGGGGUUAUCUCCCAAGUGAGGAUUCAUGGAACCUCUUACAGACAGCAGAUGCCUGCUACCGAUUGCCCUAAGCUUGUUUUGGUGGAAUAAGUUGAAGGAAAUACUACUUGGUUUGGUUUGAUUUGAUUUGGGGACUGUGCUGGGAAUAAAAAACCAAAGUUUUUAUGCAUGUGAGCACAUUCUGUUACACUGAGCUACAUCCCCAGCCCUGAUCAUGUUUUAAAUAUCUAGGACAAAGGGGACCUAGAAUAUGUAUAACUCUAGAUACUUCUCCUAGCAGUUCACAUGGAUGUGCACGCGCGCGCGCGCACACACACACACACACACAUAUUCUGCUUUUUAAAGGGCAAUAUUAAGAUUUUUUUAAAAACCUUUGUAAUGAAAAGGUAUGCUGUGUGAUUGAUUGGGUAUGUUAGCCCACACUCAUGAUCUCAGCACAGGCAGAGUCAGUAAGACAGGGGUAGAUACUGAGUUCCAGGCCAGUCUGGGCUAUAUAUGGUGAAAUUGUGUCUCAAAAAUAACAAAAAGAAGUGUGCAGCCAAAUAUGGUGAUUCACGAGGAAGCAGAGGCAGGAGGGUCUCGGUGAGUUCCAAGACAGCCAAGGGCUACAUAGAGAGACGCUGUCUCAAAAACAGAACAAUUAAAGACAAAUGUGCAUUGGGUUAGGUUGUACAGUAGUAAACAUCUGCAUUUUCUCACCCCAGAUCUGUCUUAUUUGGAAAACUAUUUUCAUAUUUUACCUCUCAAAAAUCUUACUUUUGUCCCAGAAAUUCUCAUGAAAUGUAUCAUAAAAUCAAACCACUGGUAAUCCUUAGUAACUGUAGUACUACUAGGACCUUAUACUUUUAUAUAAAACAUAUUAAGGCACAAAAAUGUAUUUCAAUGUACUUUUACACGAGUAUAUACGGACAGUCACGUUUUUAAAUAAAAAAAUGAAUAUUUUCAGAAUUUAAAAUUAAAAUUUUUUGUUUGGGU